AUGAAUGAAAGGAAUCCUGUGAGUGAGUAAUUCCGGGAAGCUCGCCUUACAACUCCGAGCGGCCCCGGCCUCCUGUGCCGCCCGCCUCACAACAAAACUCAGCGUCGCACUCCCAGGUGUUCGGUUCGGAACGACCUGCGGUUAGGACCAAAGAGGACGCAGACCAGGGGACCGGCUGGGACAGCAGACCCGACAGCAGCGAAACGCGCGCGUGCGAGGCGCUCCAGGCCAAGCCAGCCGAGAGGCGGGUCUCCAGCCCAGAGGACACUUUCUGCAAACAUGUCUGGGGACCCCUUAUCCAGCAAAGCCCUGAAGAUAAAGCGUGAGCUGAGCGAGAACACACCACACCUGUCAGACGAAGCACUGAUGGGGCUGUCAGUGCGUGAGCUGAACCGACACCUGCGAGGGCUCUCAGCUGAGGAGGUGACCCGGCUCAAGCAGCGGCGCCGCACGCUCAAGAACCGCGGCUAUGCCGCCAGCUGCCGCGUGAAGCGCGUGUGCCAGAAGGAGGAGCUGCAGAAGCAGAAGUCGGAGCUGGAGCGCGAGGUGGACAAGCUGGCGCGCGAGAACGCGGCCAUGCGUCUGGAGCUCGACGCCUUGCGCGGCAAGUGCGAGGCGCUGCAGGGCUUCGCGCGUUCGGUGGCCGCGGCCCGCGGGCCAGCAGCGCUAGUGGCGCCUGCCAGCGUUAUCACUAUCAUCAAGUCCACCCCAGGUCCGGGGUCUGGAUCCGCCCCCGGCCCAGACCCCGCCCCCGGCCCGGCCGCCUGCUCCUAGUCCCCGCCCCGCCCCUUCCCCAGCCACGCCCCUCCAGCCCCAUCUCUCUCCCCAAAGUGCCUGAGCGCUGUGUGUCUGUGACCAGGUCGCAUUUCUUACGGCCACCAGCCCCUGUGGUGAACACAUUCCUUCCCUGGGCCCUGUCUUCUUCGUGUAGCCCCUGAAAGUGGGACCUAAUGGUCCAACAUUAGUGGAGUGGAAAUUCUAGCUAUAGCGUUGUCCUUGAUGGAAACUUCAACUUCUUAGAGACUGUUAAGAAUGCGAUACAGAGCUGGCUCAGAGAAGAGCUUUGGGGAAAAAGGCACCCCUUAAUUUGGAAACUGCUCUAAUUGUGCCCAUAUGCCCUCCAAACACUCCCAGGAUCCAGGACUGGGUUUCACUGUCCUGCUGGGAGACUGCACUGAAGAGAUUCCUCCACCUCUGCUUUGGGCCCCAGGGUGGCUGGAUUUCCAAAGCUAGGAAAGGGGUUAGACAUGACUAGUGGAGCCCAGUUAACAGAUGGGGAAACAGCCUCCAGUGGAUCGGAGGCCACACACCCCUUAGUUGAGCUGGAACCAGCAGCUGAGUUUACUGCUGCCCCAAGACACCCGCCAUGGUACAGUGGACAGGACUGAAAAGGUGGUGAGAGGGCCUCCCUGGCCUGGGAGACAGCUCUCCGCAAGGGAAGGGCAGAAAAGUAGAGUGACAGUGAAGGUGACACAGAUGGAAGAGCAGGAAGGAGCUGGCCUGGCUCAGCCCUGGGCUCUCCAGUCAGGUGCCCCGGAGACAGCCAGCCAGGGUGGGCCCGUAUGACCAGCUGGGUGGGGGAUGGGGAGGCACUUUUUCCAAGAGGACCUGGAUCCUUAUUCAAGGGAAUAGGGAAUUCUGACUAUGGUGACUGCUGUGGCAGAUGGGAAUGUGAUCCUGUGGUCCUGCAGCCUGGAGUGGGGUCUUUGAAGUAAGGGUUCCACCUGGACCCUGUGAGUAUCCACUGUGGGGUGGGGGCAGGCCACAGUUAUUGCCUUUUUCCUGGCAGCCUGCCCCAGCUCCUCCUUGACACUGUCUGUAUACAGCUGCCCCUCCCCACUGUUUAUUUAUUGCACAAAUGAAUCUAAGUUAUUCUCCCCAGCCAGAGCCUUGCUUCCACUCCCUGGAAAAGUGGAUGUGGCCCUGAGCUGGACUUUAUAUUUUAUAUCUGAAAAUAAAUCACAUUUUAUCUUAUAUUUAGGGAAAACCGGAUGGCAACAACAAAAAAAUGUUUAAAAAAAAAAUUGCCCGGCCCCUAGAAUUUAUUUAUUUCUUGACUUACAGUAAGCGAGUUAUCCGCCUUCUGUAUUUUGUAGACUUUCUGAAUAAAGUCAAAUUCUCUUUUUCCACA